AGGAAGUGUCAAACAGCAGCAUGCUGCCACAAAAUCUUCUCAUAGUUUCAAUCGUCGUCCUUCUUGUAACGACAGUUUCUGCGGCUCCUCUUGAAGAGAAGGAGCAGGAGGAGGUGGAGGUUGAGGUCACAGAAAUGCUGGAAGGGGAGGUGUCUGAGGAGGAGGAGGCUUCCAGCGGUCAGUCAGCAGAAGGAGGACCACAUGAUGGAGCAGCAGGAGUUUCUGCAGGUUCUGCAGACACUUCAAGUUUUGCAGAUUCUGCAGGGUCCGGAGUCUCUUUAGAUUCUGCCGUCUCAGCGGGAUCUGUAGAUUCUGCAGGGUCUGUGGGUUCUGCAGGAUCUGUAGAUUCUGCAGGGUCUGUAGAUUCUGCAGGGUCUGUGGGUUCUGCAGGGUCUGUAGGUUCUGCAGGGUCUGUAGGUUCUGCAGGGUCUGUAGGUUCUGCAGGGUCUGGAUCAGUGGAUCUCUUUGGUGUCUCUGUAGAUCAAACUCAUUCAGCAGGAGCCAAAGACCCAUCAUCAUCAUCAUCAUCAUCAUCAGCAUCAGCAUCAUCAUCAUCAUCAUCAUCAUCAUCAUCAUCAUCUCACUCAGAACUGAAAGGUCCUAACGGUGUAGACUCAGAGCCUAAUGGAAAUGGACAGAAGCUGCUGAACGGAGGAGGAGGAGGAGGAGCUGGAGUCGACAGUCACACAGGAGUCAUCGAUCCGUCCAGCCAUGACUACCUGCACAGCAUUAUGGGUGGGGGUCUGGUGGGCCCUUUCCAUCCAGACGGUCACAUCAGCAUGCCAGUGGUCGCUCCUGGUGUGACAGCAGCUCCACCUACAGAUCACAACCUUCCUCUUGGAGGAACUGCCAUCUCCUCCUUGUCGGGAGAGGGACAUGUCGCUCAUCAACCUGCGGGCAGCAGCGACCAAUCAGGAGCAGGCGGCGCUCCCCUGAGCUCAGGACUCGACCAGUCAUUGGCCGGCUCUUUGUCCGGUUCCUCCGACUCUGCAGCUUCCUCAUCAUCUUCAUCAGACGGUGCAGCUCACAGAGAGCGGACAGAUGGAGCUGAUUCACCUGAUGCUAAUGGAAAUGGCAGACAGACUCUGCUAACAGACACAAGCGGAGCUGUGACAGAAAGGCUGAUUUCCUUUAGCGAUCUUCAGACUCAAACUCUGCGAACUGACCUCACAGGUGGCGUGGAGUCCGUGACCCGGCUUCACCUCGAUCACACAGCUUCAGCUCUUGAACCUGGCCGUGACGUCACAGAACUGCCGUCCGUCACUGUCAACACAGAGUCUGCAGACAGCGUCACGAACGUACUGAGCCCAGUUUCAGGUGUUUACUCCAAAGCAGACCAGGUUACGAUGGCAGCACACGCCACAGGAACAGUCAUAGUUCCAGCAGGUCCAACAGGAACUCCAUUUGACUCCAGUCAUCCAGCAGUAACAGAUCACACACAGGUGGCUGGUUCAGUCACUGAACAGUACAACCCAUCUGGUCAGGGUCCUGAAGUUGCAGAGAAUGUGGAACUGGAGGAUACCUGCUGACUUCCACAACAAGCCACGAGUUCGAUUUUUGAGGUUUCGAUUCCAGUGUACCGACCAAUCAGCAUGGCCCAGGAAUGUUGACCCCUCCCACUAGCUAUAGGCCCCUCCCACUAAAUGAGAACUGCUCAUGGGUGUUCAUUUUUAUUGUAAUAUUUAAAAAAAUAAUGUUAAGACGUUUAUUUUAUUUUAGAGAAAUCACUGGGUCCUCCCCUUUUCCAACCACUGGCACCAAAUUUAACAAAGAUCAACAAGUUUCUUUUUUUUUUAGUUCAAGAGCCUAAAAUAUUUUUAAAUAAAAUAAAAUACCAACAAUCACCUGCAGGUAAAUAUGCUGCAUUUGCAUGACUCAUUGUGCAGACCCCACCACGAUCUUGCACCGGUGUGUAAAUGGUGCGGACCCACUGAGAGUAAGUUUCAGGUGAAAUCUCGGCCAUGGUGAUUCUGUUUUUAUGACAUCAUACAGGAAGAGACAUCAUUUUCAUUGUAAAUUGUGGUUUUGAGCUUCUACAAUAAAAGUUUUGUCUAUUUUGAACAUCAAA